CAUGAAUUUUGGAUUGCUCAAUGUAUUCUUGCCUAUGUUGAAGCAAUGGGUCAUAGUGGUACACGUGUUUACUGGACACAUCCACUUAUUGGUGAAAUACUCCGACCAUUUGGAAUGGAACUUACUGUUGAAGAUCAUGAUUUACAUCAUCGAUAUGGAAAAAGUGGUAAGAAUUAUGGGAAACAAACAAGAAUUUUCGAUCGAAUUUUUAAUACAAUCAGCGAACGUAUUGAAGGUGUAGAAAAAUAA